ACGUGUUUGGUUGGUUGUUGCUAUUUUUUGCAAAUUGGAUUGGAAUAUAAAUUUAUAUUUAUAUAAUCUACAAAGAAAAAUUAAAAUAUAAAAUAUUCCGAUUUUAACACUUAAUCUUCCGUGUCUGUAACUUGACGAAAUAAUAAUGGCCGACGAAGAUUAUGAACCCGACGAUGUCGGGGAUGACAUGGCAGGGGAUGAGUAUGACAUGGAGGACCAGGAUCAAGAGGAGUUGGAGCAGAAUGAGGAUGGAGAGAAUAUUGACCUGAUCAAUGCAGGUGAGGUUAGUGGGCCGGGACCAACCCUCCCAUCUAAACGCAUUACGACACCCUACAUGACGAAAUACGAAAGAGCUCGAAUUUUGGGGACGAGAGCAUUACAAAUUGCCAUGUGUGCUCCUGUCAUGGUAGAAUUGGAGGGAGAAACGGAUCCGCUGCAGAUUGCCAUGAAAGAAUUGAAAUUAAGAAAAAUUCCCAUCAUAAUUCGUCGCUAUCUGCCAGAUGGAAGUUAUGAAGAUUGGUCAAUCGAUGAACUGAUUAACAUUGACUAAAGAUCUCUCUAUUGUUGCUUUGUUUUUACGAAAUUGGUUCGUUCAAACUUGAUGCUCUUAUUUGUAAAUGUCAUGUAUUGUAUUAUUAUAUGAUGAUCACAUAAAUAAAAUAUUAGAUAAAUGUACA